CUGUCCAAUGAGGAGCACGGAUAUUCAUAGUGCGCUUCCUGGAAACGUUUGUUUGUUUUCUUUUUUUUUUUCUCCCCCUCCCCUCCCGGUUCGCUUAGGGUAAGGGGAUUCUUGUGAGGACUUGUUUGGGCGACUGUGUGUUCUCCUGACUGCAGGCAUCUUUGGGCGACAUCUAGACACAUGAGAAACAGAAAUGAUAAGCAUAGAGGAAAGCUCAGAGGAAACGUAUAAAAACCACAAAGGAGGACGCCAGAGCAGAGCACUGAGAUGCGCCGAGCGUGAGACGCUGUCCGAGCCGCGAAGCAGACUCUCCUCCACCAACCAACCGAGCGACCCCGUGCCAGAUCAAAACGGAGCAGUGAGCCGGAGCCCUGGUGUCCAGUUGGCCACUACACUUUGCUGUGCAAGCAGAUCAAGAGGAACAAGAAGACACAAAACCUGAACACGGAGGAGAAAGUGGUCUUUGAGGAUGUGGCUGUGAACUUCACCUCAGGAGAGUGGGCUUUGUUGGAUUCAAGUCAGAAGAAACUCUACAGAGAUGUGAUGAAGGAGACAUAUUUGAACCUGAUCUUCAUAGAAAAAGCAGUAGAAAAAAAUAUUGGAGAGGACUGCAAACACCUCAUCAGAAACACACGAACUCAAGCGAUUGAUAAAGACUGUGGAUAUGCAUGUGACCAUGAUUGUGAUAAAAAUCAGGAACAUAUUACUGAGAAUAUCAUCAUUAAACACAUGCAUCCUGGAAUAAGAGUAUGGAAAAGCCCAUUGUGUGUUAGAAACAUCAUAGGUCAUUCAUCCUCACCUGGGUACAUUAGAGCCCAGACUACAUGGGCACCGUCUGUAUGGAAGAAAGCUAUAGCACGAGCUUUUUCACAUCAGGAACAUUGGAAUGAUGUCCGUCAUUCUGAGUCACUUCAGGUACUUGAAAUUUCACCCAAGGAGAAACCCUGUGAGAGUCAAGAAUAUAAUGAAGCCUGUAGGGGUCUCAGCUUGGUUCAGCCUCAGGAGAGAACUCACACUGGAGUUACACUCAAUGACAAUGACUUAAGGGGAAACACAUAUAUUCAGAAUGAUGAAGGAAUCCAUAAAGAAAUGAAACAGUUUGUAUACAAGCUCUGUGAUGAGUCCUUCAUUGAUUCCAGUGACCUUUACAACCAUGAAAAUAGUCAUAUUAGACAGAAAAGGUACAAUAGUAGGCAAUGUGGCAAAACAUUUAAAAAUGCAAAAUGUUUUGAGAAGCAUAAAGUAACUCAUACAAAAGAGAAACCUUAUGUUUGUAAGAAUUGUGAAAAAACCUUUACAUGCUUCAGUCAUCUGAAGAAACAUGUAAGGAUUCACACUGGAGAGAAGCCUUACGUUUGUAAGAACUGUCAAAAAACGUUUACACACUCCAGUCAUCUGAACAGACAUGAAAGGACUCACACUGGAGAGAAGCCUUAUGUGUGUAGACAUUGUGGAAAAGCAUUUAACCGCUCCAGUCAUCUGAACAUACAUGAAAAUAUUCACAAUGGAGAGAAGCCUUAUGCGUGUAGGCAUUGUGGAAAAGCUUUUAACUACUCCAGUGCUCUGAAUGUUCAUGAAAGGAUCCACAGUGGCGAGAAACCACAUGCUUGUAGGCAUUGUGGAAAAACUUUUAACUACUCCAGUACUCUGAAUGUUCAUGAAAGGAUUCACACUGGAGAGAAGCCUUAUGCUUGUAGGCAUUGUGGAAAAGCCUUCAUCACCUCCAGUCAUCUGAAUAGACAUGAAAGGAUUCACAGUGGAGAGAAGCCUUAUGCUUGUAGGCAUUGUGGAAGAGCAUUUACCACUGCCAGUCAUCUGAACAGACAUGAAAGGAUUCACAGUGGAGAGAAGCAUUAUUCUUGUAAGCAUUGUGGAAAAUCGUUUAACUGCUCUAGUCUUCUGAACAGACAUGAAAGGGUUCACAAUGGAGAGAAGCCCUAUGCUUGUAGGCAUUGUGGAAAAGCAUUUAACUGCUCUAGUUUUCUGAACAGACAUGAAAGGGUUCACAGUGGAGAGAAGCCUUAUGUUUGUAGGCAUUGUGGAAAAGCUUUUAGCACCUCCAGUCGUCUGAACAGACAUGAAAGGAUUCAUAGUGGAGAGAAGCCUUAUUCUUGUAGACACUGUGGAAAAGCAUUUACCACCUCGAGUCAUCUGAACAGGCAUGAAAGGAUUCACAAUGGAGAGAAGCCUUAUGCAUGUAAGCAUUGUGGAAAAACCUUCAGUGACUCCACUAGUCAUAAGAAACAUGAAAGAAAUCACACUGGAGAGAAGCCUUAUGCUUGUAAAUAUUGCGGAAAAGCCUUCAGGGACUCCAGUACUCAUAAGAAUCAUGAAAGGCUUCACACUGGAUUGAAACCUUAUGCUUGCAGGUAUUGUGGAAAAGCCUUCAGUCAGUACAAUGGCCGUAAGUAUCAUGAAAGGACUCACACUGAACAGAAGCCUUAUGCAUGCAGGCAUUGUGGAAAAGCCUUCAGUGACAUCAGUAGUUAUGAGAAACAUGAAAGAAGGCACACUGGAGAGAAGCCUUAUGCAUGUAAGCAUUGUGAAAAAGCCUUCAGCCUGUCCAGUAGUCUUAAGAAUCAUGAAAGGAUUCACACUAAAUAGAACAUUACGUAAAAACAUUUACCCCUUUCACAUCCUAACUUGAAUGAAAAAAAUCACAGGAGAGAAACAAUUGUUAUAUAAAGUGUGUGGGGAGUUCCUUCAGUCUAGUGAUCUUUGCAAGUAUCAAAAAGUUCACUCCAGAGAGAGGGAUUAUUCAUGUAAGCAUUUUAGAAAAGCCUUCAGUGACUCCAGUAGUCAUCACAGACAUGGAAAGUGUCACACCGGAGAGAAGUCUUAUGCUUUUAAGCAUUGUAGAAAAGCUUUCAGGCACUCUGAUAACAGCAGACAUGAAAUGCUUCACUCUAGUCAGUAGCCUAAUGCUAGGUAGCUUUUGGAAAAGCCUUCCAUAGUUCCAACUGACACAAGACCAGUAAAAAUAUUCACUCUGGAUGUAAAGUCUUUCCUUGUAAGAAUUUGAGAAACUUUUUCUUUGCUUUUGUGAUUUUAUCAAGGAUAAAAGACCCCACACUAGUGAGCAACCUUUUCAAUGCCAGCAUUGUGGAAAAGCCUUGGCCACUUCAAAUUUCUGUAACCCUCAUGUAAGAAUUUACAUUGGAAAGAAGUAUAAUGCAAGUGUGCAAAAGCCUUCACCAGUUCCUGGUUCCAGAAUGUUCUCAAGAAUCCAUCCUACAGACAGACCUUACAUGGGUAUGCAUUCACAAAAUGUUUUAGCAGCAACAGUUCCUAUCAUACUCAAAAAUGUAUUUCACUGGUGAAAGCCUUUAUGUUUGGAAUAAAUGUGGGAAAAUCUUCAAAGUGUUUAAAAUAGAUUCAGUUUGAAGUUAUUGUAACUUUCAACAUAGUAUUCCUGAUUUUUUGUGUCCCACAUCCCUGGAUAAUGAUCUCACAGUGAAAAGCGUAGUAUAUAUAACUUGCAGUACCAUUAACUGUGACAAUGCAUUUGUCAAAUUGCUUCUAUCGUGAGGUAUGAGAGAUGAAUGUAAGUGGACCGUGAGAUGCAUCAGCUAGUAAUGGUUUAUUGCCAGAAACCAUGAUUCUCUCAGUUCCCUUUCUGGAUCUUACAUGGUGGCACUAGAGAACCAAUCCCUGAAAGAGGUCUUCUGACAGUCACUCCCACACUUUCAAUUGAACACACACACAGAAAUACAAAUGAGUAAAUGAUAAUAUGUUUGUCAUAGAGGAGACUUAACUAACAAACACAGUAUUUUAAUGUGGAAAGAAACAUUGUUUGAUUCAAUAUUUUACUCUAUAAAGGAUUAAAAUCACUACAGUAUGUGUAAUAA